AUCGGCCGGCGCCGUCACUGCGGGCCCGGACGCGGCCCCGGGGACUCUUAGGGGAAGGCAAGGGAGCGGGCCGGCGGAAAGAGGGCGGAGGCGGAGGGACCCCCGGGGUGGCGAGGAGGCCGAAGCGGAGGUCGCGGCUGCUCGCCCGCAGGACCCUCGCUUGGAAGGAGGCUCUGGAGCUGCCAGAGCCCCCUGCGGACGUCCUUCCCCGUCCACGAUGGCGGAGCCCGAGCUGCUGCUGGACUCCAACAUCCGCCUCUGGGUGGUCCUGCCCAUCGUCUUCAUCACCUUCUUCGUGGGCAUGAUCCGCCACUACGUGUCCAUCCUGCUGCAGAGCGACAAGAAGCUCACCCAGGAGCAGGUGUCCGACAGUCAAGUCUUAAUUCGAAGUAGAGUCCUCAGGGAAAAUGGAAAAUACAUUCCCAAACAGUCUUUCUUGACACGAAAGUAUUAUUUCAACAACCCUGAGGAUGGAUUUUUCAAAAAAACAAAGAGGAAGGUAGUGCCUCCAUCUCCUAUGACAGAUCCCACUAUGCUCACAGACAUGAUGAAAGGAAAUGUAACAAAUGUACUUCCUAUGAUUCUUAUCGGUGGAUGGAUCAACAUGACUUUCUCGGGAUUUGUCACAACCAAGGUCCCAUUUCCUCUGACCCUUCGAUUUAAACCCAUGCUGCAGCAAGGAAUUGAAUUGCUCACUUUAGAUGCAUCCUGGGUGAGUUCUGCAUCCUGGUACUUUCUCAAUGUGUUUGGACUCCGAAGCAUUUAUUCCCUGAUCCUGGGCCAAGACAAUGCUGCAGACCAGUCUCGAGUGAUGCAGGAACAGAUGACGGGAGCAGCUAUGGCCAUGCCUGCAGACACCAACAAGGCUUUUAAGACUGAGUGGGAAGCUUUGGAGCUUACUGAUCAUCAGUGGGCACUUGAUGAUGUUGAAGAAGAGCUCAUGGCCCAGGAUCUCCACUUGGAAGGCAUGUUCAAAAAGGAGCUACAGACAUCUCUUUUCUGAAAGCUCACACGGUGGUUAACCCAACACUGGCACCUCUGGCAUGCUGCCGGGGGCCCCAUGAAGACAAGACAUUGUUUUGUUUGUGUUUGAAAAGCUCAGAAUAAAGGGGCGUGGGCUGGACACUGAACUGGGGCCUCUUGUCUGAACUUGUGUCCCUCUUUAUGUUUGAAGUCACGAGAAGUACGAGAAAUAGAGCCUUUCACAUGACUUGGAGGAGAACCGUUUUAAACAAUAAUGUAUUUUCCAGCUUAUGCCUCUGGUAACAGUAGCCAGUAAGGGGAGAAAGCCAGCUAGUGAGAGCAUAAACAAAUAGCAAGGUUGACCCUUUUGCCAAAAAGGUGCCACUUCUCAGUAAAUAACCCUAGGUACAAGCUGAUCUUUUCCUUGUGUCCGAAGAACUGAAGUCUCUUCCUUCUGUCCUCCACCCACCAGAGCUCACGUGUUAUGGCACGUUGCAGUUUACAAAGCACUUGUUAGGUCAGGCAUGCCAUCGAUAGCUAUUACCCCCUUUUUGCCAGGGCAGACACAGGCUUGGGACUUCCUCCUGGGAUUGUGCAGUCACGACUGAGGGCCAGGUCUGCUGAUCCUCACCCCCAUCAUUCUGAUCAGCAGCUGACGGGAAGCCACAGCUUUUGCAGUGUGCCAUGGAGUCAACCCUACCUUCCACAUCUCCCGCGAAAAUUGGCAUCUCUGCUGCUGGGUCCUCACACAGUUCUGAAGUGCCUUCUGAAUCAUCAAAGGCAGGUUCAGUGAUGGCCAGUUUUCUCCUAGUGUUGAAUGGGUUUUAUGGCAAUCUAACUUUUUGGAAAUUUGGAAUCUGUGCCCUCUCUAUAAUGGCUUAAUCAAACCACUCCAUUCCCUGGGGAUUAUUGUAAAUAAAUAGGAAUUUACUGCUUGAUAUAGUGACCUGGGCAGCUAUUGAUUCACUUCAUCCAGACACGUGUUAUAGGCUAAGCAGUGGUCAUUUUACUUGGUUAAUUGUAAUAGCAGAACUAGUUUGUGUUGUAUUUACCCUGUGGUGAACCUCUUCAUGUGAUGAGAGCUGUAACUAGUGAAAAAUCUAACCCUCUCUACAAAUUAAACAAACUGAACUCUU